AUGGUUGCACAACAUUUACUUUCGGUGCAAGAGGUGAUCAACCACCGCGAGGCAAAUGACUGCUGGAUAGUGGUUGGAAAAAAAGUGUGGGAUUUCACGCACUUUGCAAGCGUUCACCCAGGUGGUGCUAACGUCAUUCUUCAAUGCGCAGGUCAUGAUGCAACACAUUUGUUCCACCAGGUCCACAGCGAUGGCCUGAUCGAGAGCACGCUGCCCUCAUCUAAAUACAUGGGAGAUCUUGAUCCCAACAGUAUCGACAAUGCAUGGCGACAGCGCUCCAGCGCCUUGUCAUCGAAGCAUUCACCAACAGCUUCGGAGUUGUCUAAGCCUCCUCUGUCCAGCAUACUCAGCACUCAUGAUUUUGAGAGAGUCGCCAAAGAGACUCUGUCAAAAAAAGCAUGGGCAUUCUAUUCAUCUGCGGCUAAUGACCUCAUCUCAAAAGAAGCAAAUCAGUCAUUCUACAGUAGGAUAUGGUUCCGACCUCGACUGAUGCGAGAUGUUACAAAUGUGGAUACACGAUGCCAGUUUCAAGGGGUCGAAGCAUCUUCACCUAUCAUGGUCGCACCUGCUGCUAUGGCUAAGCUUGCUCACGAGACAGGAGAAAAAGGGAUUGCGAGGGCUGCGGCAGCCAGAAACAUAAUACACUGCAUCGCGACCACUGCAUCGUACCCAUUGGAAGAUAUUGUUUCAGCAGCCCCGAAGGCAAAUUUCUUCUUCCAGUUAUACGUUCACAAAGAUCGGUCGGUGACUAAAUUACUUCUCGAAAGGGUUUGGGCAGCGGGCAUUCGCGCGAUUAUGGUGACAAUAGACGCCCCCGCCGCUGGAAAGCGGGAGGCAGAUGAACGUGUGCGCACCGAGCAAAUCAUCUCAAUGCCUAUGACUGGAACAACGGCCAGAAAUGAUAAGUCAGGAAGUGGACUUACCAGAACAACCGGAGGCUUUAUUGAUAGCUCGCUGAGUUGGGGAGAUAUGUCAUGGCUGAAGAAAGUCUGGAAAGGCAAGGUGAUGCUGAAGGGGAUUCAAUGCGUCGAGGAUGCCCAAACUGCCGCUCAACUUGGAGUUCAAGGCAUUGUACUGAGCAACCACGGAGGCAGAAACCUGGACACUUCGCCGCCGGCACUUUUGACCCUGCUGGAGCUGUAUUAUCAAGAUCCGGACAUUUUUCAACAGACUGAAGUUUAUAUUGACGGGGGGAUAACUCGUGGAACGGAUAUUCUCAAGGCGCUUUGUCUAGGGGCCAAGGGUGUACUUGUUGGGCGUCCAUUUCUAUAUGCUCUCAACUACGGCGAAGAGGGCAUAGUCCAUUUGAUUGACAUUUUGCAAACCGAACUGGAAACUGCUAUGAGACUUGUUGGAAUCACCAAUGUUUCGCAGGCACAUUCGGGGCUGCUGAACACAAAGGACAUUGAUCACCUGGUCACCACCAUGAGUCCCAACCCUCGGCGAGAACUCAAGCUAUAA